UUGAAAUCGAAACUCUGCGCGGUGGAGGAACGGCUUGCUGGUUCCUGCUCGACGUGUCCGGUCUGCUGAAGACGGUGGCGUUUCUGGCCGCCCAGCAUCGGACACGAUGUUCGAAGACGAACUGAUCCUCUUGAAUCAGAGCAUAAAUGAAUUUGGAGAUGAGUUCAGAAACGGCCUCACUGGAAAUCCUAGCCAGAUUCUGGGGCUCAGAGAUGCCUUCAAGGACUCCCUUAGAGUGCUUUCAGAAAAGCUGUCUUUGAAACUGAAGGAAGAAGAAAAGAUGGUUGAGAUGUUUCUGGAAUAUCAAAACCAGCUUCGUAAGCAGAACAAGCUCAUUGAAGAAAAGAAAGAUAACCUGCUAAAGAUGAUCAGUGAAGUAAAAAACAAGAAGCAAGAAUUGGAAGGGCUGACAGCAAAUAUCCAGGACCUUAAGGAAGAAUAUUGUAGGAAGAAGGAAACAAUUUCCAAUGCUAACAAAGCUAACGGAGAGAGAUUGAAACGGCUGCAGAUAUCCGCGGACAUGUAUAGAGAUCACCUUGAACUAGAAAUUAGAAAGAUUCAUGGUGAUAAAUUGCAGUUUAUAUUCACUGGUAUUGACCCUAAGAAGCCUGAGAGACCAUUUAUGUUUUCCCUGCGCCUAAAUGAAGCCAGGGAUUAUGAAGUGUCCGACUGUUCACCUCCUCUUGAGUGCCUAGCAGAAUUUCAGGAGAAGGUCAGGAAGACUAACAAUUUUUCAGCGUUUCUUGCUAAUGUUCGGAAAGCUUUUAUAGCCACGGUUCAUAAUUGAUGUAGAAAUAGUAGGUUUGUUCUGCUUUGUUAUUGUAU